UCCCCCUCCCUCGGCAGGCCCAAACAUGGGCGGCAAGUCCACCUACAUCCGGCAGGUGGGGGUGAUCGUGCUGAUGGCGCAGAUGGGCUGCUUCGUGCCGUGCGAGGAGGCGGAGAUCAGCGUGGCGGACUCGGUGCUGGCCCGCGUCGGCGCCGGCGACAGCCAGAUCAAGGGCGUGUCCACGUUCAUGGCCGAGAUGCUGGAGACCGCCGCCAUCCUCCGCUCAGCCACUGAAGACUCCCUCAUAAUCAUCGAUGAGCUCGGGCGCGGCACCUCCACGUACGACGGCUUCGGUCUGGCGUGGGCGAUCUCCGAGUUCAUCGCCUCGCGCAUCAACUGCUUCUGCCUGUUCGCCACGCACUUCCACGAGCUGACCGCCCUGGCCCAGCAGAUCCCGACCGUGCGCAACCUCCACGUCACGGCGCUGACCACCGACAGCACUCUAACCAUGCUGUACAGGGUUAAGAAAGGUGUGUGUGACCAGAGCUUUGGGAUUCACGUGGCGGAGCUGGCGAGCUUCCCGAAGCACGUGAUUGCCAGCGCGCGGGAGAAAGCCCUGGAGCUGGAGGAGUUCCAGGACGUGACCCAGGCGGGCGGGGAGGAAGAGGAAGGGCCCGAGGCGAAGAGGCGGCGUUUAGACAGACAGGAGGGGGAAAAGAUAAUCGAAGGUUUCCUGGCCAAGGUGAAGGCCCUGCCUGCCGCAGACAUGUCUGACCAGGCCAUCCAGGAGGAGCUCAGGAAACUGAAGGCCGAGGUUCUGGCCCAGAACAACAGCUUCGUGAGCGAGCUCGCGUCCCGGUCCACAAGCACCGCUUAAAGCGAGGGCCCGACCCCCCAACCCCCCAAAAACCCCAAAACACUCUAGAUAAUUAUCUGCACUCCUAGCCCCAACAAAAAUGUGCCAGUCCAGUCCAAACCGGGCCUGUCCGGUUCAGUCCAGUUUGCUAGUUUGGGGCAGGCGGGUUGUAGGUAAUGGUACAGUACAUUUGUAGAUCUUUGUUCCAUUUUAGAACAGUCAUUUGUCCAUUUUAUUUUCUCCUGUUUUUUCUGUUGUGCUGUUAAAAACUCUCCACAACACACAAUGGAAAAUAAAGCUUGUGUUUUCCUUAUUGCA